ACCUGAUCAGCUGCUGAGCUGUUGGCCUGUCCGGUUUCCUCUCAACAUUAAGGAACUGCUGCCAUGUCUGAGGGGCCGAGAAAGAAGAAGAAAUUUGCAGCGACACGCCGGCUGCUCAUCAAGUCCAAGCUGCUAACAAAGGCAGCUUCCAUGCUGGUAGCUGAAACUGAGGAGAAAAAUCUUGAGAAACAAAGAGUGGUGGACGAGUGUGUCCCGCCGCUGAAGCUGUCAGGUCUGUCAGUCCAGGAGCUCCAGGAACUUUGCAAAGAUUUGCACCAGAAGAUUGAUGUUGUGGAUGAGGCCCGUUACGACAUGGGAGUUAAAGUUGCCAAAAACGAGAGUGAGAUUCAGUCACUAAAACAUAAGAUUAUCGAGCUGAAGGGCAUGAAGAAGCCCAGUUUAAAGAGGGUAAAGAAAACGACCGACGACAUGCUGGGUGCGUGCACCGACACCUCCAAACUCAUGAAGGCUGAUUUCAAGGCCAACCUUAAGACAGUGAAGAAAGACGAAGACAAGAAGGAAGAAGUGACCGACUGGCGUAAGAAUGUGGAGGCCCUGUCUGGUAUGGAGGGCAGGAAGAAGCUGUUUAACGCGGGACAAUGA